CCCAUCGUAUCACAUAUAUAGUACGCAGUGCCCUCUACAGAAAUCAUGGCAAAACUCAACGUUUGCAGAAUCGUGACGGGGAUCGCGAUCGUCCUGCUUUCUCUCCAUCGAUGCCAGAGCUUCACACCCAUCAAUUGCCGAACCAUUGGAGCAAGUUCUGGGGUAACCGUGGAUUGCGACGCGGAUGAGAUGGUGUUCCACGUCUGCGGAGCGGCAGGUGACACGAGUGCCUGCGGCGGGGAUGCUACCGAAAUCCAAUGCUGUCACGUGGCUGGACAUCCCUUGUCAUCUGGCGAGUGCAAUUCGAUAUCUGGGGAUCCCGGGGAGAUGGUCACCUGUCCAGAACCCCUAUUCCUUCGGGGAGCAUGCAGCUCUUUCUUUGGUGAGACCUGUGGAGGACACAGCCACUCCAUCAACUGUUGCGGCUUUACGCUGAGCGACACCUUACUCGUCCCGUGGGAUCAUGCUGCUGCUGAUAAUAUAGACGCACACAACGCCGGACAGGACAGCCUGCGCUUCUGGAUCGACUUCGAACGGGUUUCGGAUCCAAUCGUGGCCAUCAACGCCACUCUGAAGUUCCGAAAGGUAACUGCUGACCUUCUCGUCUGA